UUUUCUUCCGGUGCAUCGGUCCACCGGGAUGUUUCGGUGAGCUGUGUCGUAAGAAGUGAAAGAAUAGUAAAAGUGCACCUGCUAGUGGCUAGAAGUUGAUAAGUUUGAUAACGUUGCCGAAUAGUUAUGGAACCACCGAAAACAAUUGCCUCGGGAUUAACCCGUACUAACUGCGUCAGCAUAGCGAUCGCGGCUCCGUCGACGCCAGUGCGCGAAAAGUGGAACAACAACAUCGAGUUCACGCUGUCGUGUAUCGCGUAUUCGGUCGGUUUUGGCAACAUCUGGAAGUUCCCGUACACGGCCCUGGAUAACGGUGGUGGUGCGUUUCUAGUGCCGUACCUGAUCGUGCUGUUUGUGAUCGGUCGCCCGCUAUACUACCUGGAGAUGGCUAUGGGGCAGUUUAGUAGCCGUGGCUGCGUCAAGAUCUACGAUAUGGCCCCAGCGAUGAGGGGCGUCGGAGUUGGACAGUCGGUGGCGAUGAUGGUAGCCGUUUCCUACUACACGCCCAUCCUGGCGAUCACCCUGCGCUAUCUGCUCCUGUCGUUCAGUCGUGAGCUUCCGUGGAGCAAGUGCGAUCACUCGUGGAGCCGGUGUAUCGACUCAGACUUUCGAGGACACGCGAACGAGUCCGGUGUCGGCGCGGGUGCGAAACAAAACGUGUCCGCCGAGCUGUUCUUCACUAAUACUAUCAUGCAUCGGGCACCGCUAGAGGAGGGUCUGGGGUGGCCUUCUAUGGAGCUAGUGUUGUGCCUCGUAGUCUGCUGGCUCAUCCUGGCAGCGAUCCUGAUCCGGGGCGUUCGCAGCACCGGGAAAGCGGCCUACUUUCUGGCCAUCUUUCCGUACGUCAUCAUCUUCAUGCUGCUCGGGCACUCGCUGAGCCUGGAAGGUUCCCUCGAGGGCAUCAAAUUUUUCCUGAUGCCCAACUGGGCGAGUCUGUUCAAGGCCAAGGUGUGGAUGGAAGCGGUGACGCAGUGUUUCUUUUCGCUGUCGAUCUGCUUCGGCGGCAUCAUUGCGUAUUCAUCGUUCAACAAUUUCUCCAACAACGUCUACCGGGACGCUAUGAUCAUCUCCUGGCUCGAUACGUUCACCUCGAUCAUCGUGGGCUGCAUCGUGUUCGGGGUGCUCGGCAAUCUGGCCCACGUGACGCACCGGUCCAACAUCCAGGAGCUGGUACGCGAGGGUCCUGGCCUAACGUUCAUGGCUUACCCGGAUGCGAUCGCCAAGUUCGAGUACUAUCCGCAGCUGUUUUCCGUCUUGUUUUUCUUGAUGUUUUUCAUCGUCGGCAUCGGCAGCAACUUGGGAGCGGUGACCAGCAUCAUCACGGCAAUCCACGAUCGCGCUCCGUCGGUCGCCAACUGGAAAAUCGUGGUCAGCGUUAGCACGGUGAUGUGCUGCGUCAGCGUCGUGUACCUGGGCCCCGGAGGGUUGGAUCUACUGGAUGUGCUCGAUACGUACGGGGCGAAGUACGUCACGCUGACGCUGGCCCUGUUCGAGGUGCUGACGUUUGCGUGGGUCUACGGCGUGGAUCGUAUCUGUCGGGACAUUCGCUUUAUGCUGCGCCGGGAAACGGGACUGUUUUGGCGCGCCUGCUGGGGACUUGGAGCGCCACUGCUGAUCGCCCUGAUUCUGCUGGUGUCCUUCAUCAGCUAUGUGCCGCUUAACGUACCUCAGGAGUACAACGUCGCUGGAUGGAUACUGUACGCCGUGGCCAUCGUGCAGCUUCCGCUGUGGGCGAUAUAUGCUAUCCUGAUGCAGGACGAGAAAGGUUAUCGCAACCGGGUGCAGGCGGCCUUCCGCCCGAGUAAAAGCUGGGGACCUGAAAGUGACACCAUCCGCGAGCAGUACCAUCAACUGGAAGAGGAAGUUGUUUGUGCGGCCUCCCGCUACCCUCGGCGUCGGCUGGUCGAGUGUUUGUAUAAUAGAAUGUUUCACUAAGCCCACCAAUGAUAGUUUUGUAAAGUCUGUCUUGAGUCACCCCUAGGAUCGCCUAGCACCUAAAUACAGCGAGUAAGCAAUGGAGAUAAAAUUAAGCCUCGAGCGUUUC